CCAGUGUGAAGGUGGGCAGUGAGCAGAGCUCCUGUGGACAGGGUGCUGCGGCGGCGACCGGCUUCUGGCGCCAAGGCCGAUCCCCAGGUGGAGGUAAAGCCCCGCCGGCGCCGCCUCCUCCUUGUGGCUUGGCGGCGGCGGCGGCCUCCGUUCCGGUCCCGGACGGCUCGGUGGAUCUGCCCACUACACCAGUGAAGAUGCGGCUCUUCUACCGGCUGCUCAAGCAGCCGGUCCCCAAGCAGAUCGAGCGCUACUCCCGCUUCUCCCCGUCGCCACUCUCUAUCAAACAAUUCCUAGACUUCGGAAGGGAUAAUGCAUGUGAAAAAACUUCAUACAUGUUUCUGCGCAAGGAACUUCCUGUGCGACUGGCUAACACCAUGAGAGAGGUUAAUCUUUUGCCAGAUAACUUGUUGAACCACCCUUCCGUGGGAUUAGUUCAGAGUUGGUACAUGCAGAGCUUCCUUGAACUUUUAGAAUAUGAAAACAGGAGCCCAGAAGAUCCACAAGUUUUGGAUAACUUUCUCCAUGUUCUGAUAAAUAUCAGAAACAGACACAAUGAUGUUGUUCCUACAAUGGCCCAAGGAGUGAUUGAAUACAAGGAAAAGUUCGGGUUUGAUCCAUUCAUUAGCAGUAACAUUCAGUAUUUCUUGGAUCGGUUUUACACCAACCGCAUUUCUUUCCGCAUGCUUAUUAACCAGCACACACUUCUGUUUGGUGGUGACACUAACCCUGCUCAUCCGAAACAUAUAGGGAGUAUCGAUCCCACCUGUAAUGUAGCUGAUGUGGUGAAAGAUGCAUAUGAAACAGCCAAGAUGCUUUGUGAACAGUAUUACCUGGUAGCUCCAGAGCUAGAAGUUGAAGAAUUCAAUGCCAAAGCGCCAAACAAACCUAUUCAGGUAGUUUAUGUGCCGUCACAUCUGUUUCACAUGCUAUUUGAGUUGUUCAAGAACUCAAUGAGAGCAACAGUUGAACUAUAUGAAGAUAAAAAAGAAGGCUACCCAGCUGUUAAAACUCUCGUUACUCUGGGUAAAGAAGACUUGUCCAUUAAGAUAAGUGACCUAGGUGGUGGAGUCCCACUUCGAAAAAUAGACCGUCUUUUUAACUACAUGUACUCAACUGCUCCUCGUCCCAGCCUGGAGCCUACAAGAGCUGCUCCCUUGGCUGGAUUUGGUUAUGGCUUGCCAAUUUCUCGACUGUAUGCCAGGUAUUUUCAGGGAGAUCUAAAACUGUAUUCCAUGGAAGGAGUGGGUACCGAUGCAGUCAUUUAUUUGAAGGCCCUUUCAAGUGAAUCCUUUGAGAGACUGCCAGUUUUCAAUAAGUCUGCAUGGCGCCAUUACAAGACCACUCCUGAAGCUGACGACUGGAGCAAUCCCAGCAGUGAACCAAGGGAUGCAUCAAAAUACAAGGCUAAGCAGGACAAGAUCAAGAGUAAUAGAACUUUCUAGAAAGCUGAGUGCUGUGGUCGUCUCUGAAGAAAGAUUACCUUCUGCAAGUCAACCAGAGACCUAUAUUUCUACCAACUCUUAACCAUGACAUUAUUGCUAUCCCAAUGCUUAGUUUCUUCCUUUAUAUUUGCUCAGUAUGUCCAUGGAGCCCUUCCCAUAGUGAUUCCCAACAUAUCUUUCACUAAAGUUGUAGCUUGAGCAAUUUCUCAUAGUGUCUUGCUGUGGCAUCCUUAGCACCCGUCACAAAAGAGCACAGAACCUCCUAGCGCUCGUGUACCCUAUACUGUGCACCUUGUUAUGGAGUUUAGUGUCUGAAGUCUUCCCAGCAUUCUGAGCUCCUUCCUCAUUCCAGAUACAGCAGGUCCUACUGUUGCUGUUUGUGACCAAACCUCCAGCUAUGGCUUGUGGACUGGGAGGCAUCAGUGGAGCUCAUCUUGAAAAUUCGGUACUGGGGUUCUUCCUGUCCCAUAUACAUCUCCCUUCACUCUCUGAUUUGGACCUUUGUGCCCCCUUCAUCUGACCAGAUUCUCAUUGUGAGGUGUGGUACUUGGAUGUUAGGACCUAUCCAUCUGUAUCAAUUUUACUUUAAAGUUCAUUUGCUUACUUCUGUUCCAUUGAUUAAAGCACUCUAAACGUUGUCUUGGAAUUUCUCACUUAACAUCUUGGUUUGGAAGAUUUUAAGUGGAAAAAUCACCUGCUGAUCUAUUCAGACUUGUGAAGAGUGGGAAGUGCAGGUGUAUGUUUCCAUGAAAGCUACGCUAUGUUUGUUUGCUGUAUGAAAUUCCUCUUGUAGUCAUCUUAUGGACUCCAAGUUCCUGUGUCAUGUACUCAACUCACUGUAAUAGAGAUUGUCACAUUAUUUUCAAAAAUGGUAUAAACCUUGAUACUUGUCAUUACUUUCACCAGUUUUAGAACUGUCCACCCAAUCUGACCUUUUCUUUGUUUCUUUUAUUUUGGUUUUUCGAGACAGGGUUUCUCUGUGUAGCUCUGGCUGUCGUGGAACUCACUCUGUAGACCAGGCUGGCCUUGAAUACACAGAGAUCCACCUGUCUCUGCCUCCUGAAUUCUGGGAUUAAAUGCAUGCUCCACUACCACCUGGCUCUCAGUCUGACUUUUAUAAUCUCUUUUGUUAAAAGUUAGAAGUAGGAGUUAGCAGAGGACUUGUGUUAAGAGAAAAGAAAUGACGUGAUAUUUAUCCUUAAUAAUAGAGGCUAUCUGAGAGUGUGGAUUCAGAGCAAUACCCAGCCUAUCCAGCUCCCUAUGUGUUUCUCUCCUCACUAUAUUUCCCUCAUAUAUGUCAUCUGUGCUGACAACUACUAUCAUUUACUAUAUGUAUGAAUGUUUCUGUCCAGUUCUUCAAUGUUGAAUCGAGAUUUAAGAAGUUUUAGUUUGUAGCCAGGCGUGGUGGCACACACCUUCAAUCUCAGUUCUCCAGAUGUUGAGACAGGAGGAUCAUGAUCAUAGCCUGGGCUAUGUACCAAGACUCAGCUCAGAAAAAUUUGAAAGUGAUUAUCAUUACUCCUCAUUGAGAGUAAUGAUAACAUUAAUGAGAUCAAUGAGAAAGUGAUUUUUCAUUACUGCUGUAGCAGUGUAGCCCUCCCCACUGCCUCCAUGGUGAAGGGCUUUGCCUCAGAGGUUUGCUCUGACUUAGCUGCACUUGACUCAGUUAUAGGUUUCUUUGAGUCACACAGCAUCUGAUUUUCUUCCAUUUCCUUGUAUUACCUGAGUCUCUGGUGGCUCCUUUUGUCUUUAGAAAGACCUCAUUGCAAAGCUGACAUGUCAUGAGUCAAACCAAGAAAAUGUUGAUAAACUUCAGAGAGACUGAUGAGACUCAUGGGUCAUAAGUCUAAGUUGUCUUAAGUUGGUGUCUUGAAGGUUAAGCUGUAUGACCAUUUUCCUAGGAUGGAAAAGCUGUGAAAAUACUUAUGUUUAAAGACCUUGGCUACCCAAUACCAGACAGUAUGUCCAUAUCUUCCUGAGUCUCAGUUUCCAGCCAUCUUCCUUUACACUUGCAAGUUUGACCGUGGGAGAACAGCAGGUUCACAUUAUAGCAUAUUACCUUGCUUCAGCACCUUUUUUAUUGUUUAAAGACUGCCUAUUGAUUGCCGCACUUCCAAAACAGAUGCCACAGAAGGGCUGGGUAGUGUGUAGAAAUACCUUGUCAUAUUCAUUGUCUUUUUGGAAAGCCAGCUUUUGUUUAAAGGUCUUAAGGAUUUAAUCCACAGUCCUCUAAUAGUCUUGGGCAUAACUCAUUCCAAGCCUGGUGCAUUCCAGCCAUUCCUGUCUUUGUGUCAUCAAUAAUUUAACCUCAGCUCCAAAGCAGGCAUAAGAGGAGUUUCAGGAACAUCUUGUGUUCUCACAGUUUGUUCAUCCCUUGACUAAUUUAUGUAUCCUCUCUGCUAGCAGUACAAGAGUCUUUAUGUACUUUGAGAGUACUUUGCGUUCUUUAUGGAUUUCUGCAUAUAUUACAAAUUGAUAUUGACCACUUUUCAGCUGAAUUCUUCCCCAUUUCUCUGUAAUGCCCUUCCAUUUAUACUUUUGUUCUAUUUUAAGUAUUUGGGGUGCUGUGUGUACUAUUUGAAGCAGUACCUGGCACACAGUAGGUAUGUAAUAUGUUGUAUGUGUUCAGUCAAAGGGUGAAAACUAACAGAAAUUUACAAUGGCUGGUGUGGAAACAUCUUUCUUAGUUCUUCAGAUAUCCCCAACUUGAAAUUGGUAAUGAUUCACAUCAAGAGCUGUAGCAGUACUGAAUUUCUUUUUAUAGUGCUAAGAGAUGGCUUUAAAAAUGUGGAUAAGUGACAGGAUUCAGAAAUGAAUCCACAUGAGCCGUCUGAUUCUUUGUCUCUGAAUAUCUGGUUUCAGAUUCACUAUACAAGGGCUUCUUUCUAUCUUGUGACAUGGUUUUAUAGCUUUCUUAGAGAUUCCAAAGAAUUCAGCAUUCAGCACUCCAUGUGAUCCUUACAAUGGCUGUAGGUAGACUGUGCAAAGUAGCUUUUAUUUUUCAUGUGAUUUCCAAAGCACUUUAGUGGCUUGCUAAGGAGCCAUGGGGAGUAAGAAGUAGAACCUGUGUUCUGUGCUUGGGUCUUCUUGUUCCUGGGUCAUUGCUCUGACCAAUAUGUCAAGUGCUUAGGAUUGUCUCUUAAGACGAAUUUCUUGAGCAUAUUAACCCUCAAGGAUAAUCUCUAAGUCAAAAGUUCUCUGUAAUGCAAGGCAGUUCUACUCAGGAAAUGUUUUCUUUUGUGUUUUUCCUUUCCGGCAUGUUUAGAGGAGACAAAUGGACCAGGCAGCUUUUGCCUCAUGAAACAGAACUUUAGAUCAGUGUGGGUCAUGAUGAGAGUUUAUAUUUGAAUGAGAUCAGUGCUUGCUGCCAGCCUUUUUGUAUAAAACUUCUACAUUUGGAAGUUGAUGGUUUUGUGUUUUGGUAGACUCAGUUAUAGCUUCAAUUAACUGCUCUUGCACAUUCUUUCUGUUGUCAUUACUUAUAAUAGCUCGGCUAGCUGUUGGAGGAGCCUUGGAUCUUUAGCAACUUUAUGGUGUAUAGCUGCUGGUGCUCCAAGGUCCAUGAGUAUAAAUGGAUUUUUUUCCUUCAGUUUUGUAGAUAGCCUGCUUGCUUGGCAUGGUCGUGUGUUUGUUCUUGGUAUUUUGUAACUUCAUUUCAGUAUAGCUCAGGGUUAGCACUUGUCUCUUGGCUUUUCCUGGUAAGUUUUAGCUAGUCCCAUAUCAGGCCUUAUUACAUUUUAUGUAGUUUUGUACUGUUCUUCAGAAAGGUGUUUCUCUAUCUGCAUUGUGUUAUCUGUCUUUCACAUUAAUCUUUAUGGUUUUCAUCUCUGUGUCUUCCUUCAUGUGUGAUUUUUCCACCCCUCAGUCUUACCCCCCAUGUCACCAACUGAUUUUCUCUACUGUUUUUCCUAGGCCCUGUACUUCCUUUCACUUGUCAUGACCUUAUCUUUUAAUUUACUUCUCUUGGCUCAUUAAGUUAUUACUCUCUGAUGCCUUAUUUCUUUGAGGACUAAGCCUUUUUUGGUCUAAAUUUAGUGGUUUCUGAAAUCAUUCUUUUUCCAGAAUGGAUUUGUGUAUCUUUUGCUUAAUGUGUCAGGCACACUCCUGGAGUCCAUGGUAUGGGAUUGUGGCUUUUAUUAAUUUCAUCAUAGAUGGCUUUUUGAUUAUUUUUCAGACAUAUGCGCUGGCCAGGAGGGAGAGAACACUUUACAAACAUACAUUUAUUCUGCUGCCUUUCCCAGUGGUCCAGAUGCUUAAACAUUGACUUUAAAGAUAAUGUCCUUCAUAAUCUAUAUGUUAGCAAACAGAAAGAACCAGUAUUGCCAGCAGGAGAGCACCAUUAACUAAUCAAUGCAGGAUUUUUGUUUGCUGUUCUGGAUGAAAAGAUAACUUUUAACUCCAGUUCCUGUCACACUGAUUAGAGAUAAUAGUACCUCCUGGCUUGAAAACCGGGGACAUGUGAAAUUUUAAUAAACUUGAGAAGUUAUCAGCCACUGACAGUGAUUAAUUAGUUCAUUAAACAUGGUAGAAUACUUCAAACUAGGUGGACAUAAUCGGUUAUCAAGAGAAGUAUAAGCUUGUUGUAUUAGCAGUUUGUAGCAGCCUCGCUGAUGUCUGGUGUUGGCCAUUUUAAGAGCUUCUUCGCUGUGACAUGUUUUCUUUUCAAGCAAGCAUGUUCAAAUGUGGUUCACUAAUAGAAAACUCUGUUGGUUCUGAUGAGGUGCCCCUGCAAUGCCACUGUGCAAGAGAGGAGACCAGGAACAAGUGAGAGGCCAGUCUAGGGUAGGAAGUGAGAGCCGGUGUGAAAGAGUAGAGGAGAAGAAAAUGGACAGGAGGGAGGAAGAAAGGAAGAACAAAGGGUAAAGAAAGGAGGGAAGGAUAUAAGGAACGAGGUGUGAAGUCUUUGUUGUGGCUUAUUCUUGGUAUUUAUGAAUACACAUUCAAAUAGUUUGUAGGUCUGGGGCCUACCAUAGAAGAACAUGGGAUACUGUUUUGAAAGUGUAUCUGCAGGUAGAUCAUGAAGCAAAGCCUUAUUUGGAAUGCUUGUAGGAUUGAAACUUCCUUCCCUCCCUCAAUAGCUGGAACAUUCUAGCUGACAGCCAGCAGCAAACUUUAUCACCUGCAGAGUUCCCAUUCAGUGAUCUAGGCCUACAGAGGUUGCCUUGCAGUGUCCCCCAAACUGUGCAUGAGGCAGGGCGUUUCCCUGAGGCCAGCCUUUGCCGUGGGUUGUGCCGGUGUGAAGUAGAUGACUGAAGGCAGGUGUCCUCAACUAAGCUAGACUGGAAAUGAAGGUGGAAGACAGGAGUCAUGGGACGGAAGAUGAAGUCCAGCCUUCGAUUUCAAUACUGUGUUACCACAUGCUAGAAACUAUACUCACUGCUGGACAUGUGACAAUGACCAAAGCAGAGUGAAAUCCCUGCCUCAUGAGCUUCCCUUCUCACGGAGACAAGAUAGAACGAUUUUUGUGCUUCACUUGGGAAACAAGUACUGGUGGGGAGAAAUGAGAGUCUUAAAUUUCUUCAGAUUUUCCCAAGUUUCUCCUUUUUAAGCUAUCAGUCUGAAUUGUGAAAGGCUGUCUUCUGUGCUUGACUCUUCACUGGACUGUGCAGGGUCCUUCCUGAGGCCCUUGUUCUACAGCUUCAGUAGGUAGCAUGGGCCUGGGCCCAUUCCAGCCAUUGUCUCCCUGGCCAAGAGGGAGCAAGGGGUCUGCUUAGAAGGGCCAGCUUUCACCGUCAAAUCUCAUGGAAUAAUAAGGGCCGUCAUUUGAGUCUUUGUAACAGAAACUCAGCACAGAUUCGGAUAUAUCUUUUUAGGACUUCAGAAACGGUCAUUUAAGGGCCAAUGUGAUGGCUGAGCUGGUAAAGAUGCUUGCCAAAGACUGACAACCAAGCUCAAUCUCCAUGUCCCACAUGGUAGAAGGAAAGAGCCAAUUGCAGCACGUGGUCAACUAACCUCUGCACAUAUGCUGUGUGUAAUACGUGCACACACACUCUCUAAAUAAAUGUAAUGUUUUAAUCUGAAAUUUAGAAGGUUCGGGAUAAUGAAGCUAGAGUAAAAGUCGCUGCUUGUCAGGAGACCCUAUUUAACACGAGCUCCUUUCAGAGGAAGGGAGUAGCCAAGAAGGCUUCCCUCGGAAGUCUACCAGUUGAUAUCAGCUGUAGUCACUUGACAAAAUGAAGGCAGUGCCCCAGCCACACAAGUCUGGAGAAUUGUGUCCUGGGUUUUCAUCUUUCUCUGAAGGAGGAGCAUAGAUUCCCCUUAAUCUCCAUGAUAUAGUUUGAAGUAGCCAGAACAUGGGCUGUUAAUUCGUGUGUGCCACCCUCAGCUUCCUGGCAGGAGGUUCAUUUUCCCUCAAAGGGAAUAUUAGAGCCACAGGGCAGACUCACCCUUCUCUAUACCCACCUCUCUGAAUUCUUGGAGCAGAUCUGAGUAGGAGCUUUAACUGAUGGGAGAAAGGGAGGGAAUGGGAGGGAAUGUGUUUAAUAGUAUCUGUAGGGACAUCCAACUUCUCAUCCUUUAGCUUAAACAGCCAGCUUUUACAGGAACAGAAUCACCUUGGAACAUCAGGACCAAGUCCGAUAGGUCCUUACCUGAAUUAAAGAAAAGCACCCCUCGUCUCACAAUAUCCUUUGGUAUUUUAAUUAAGUCAAGAUAUCCUGUAUGUGCAUUUUGCUGUACAAAACAAUUUUACCCAAGUUGCAGAACUGACCUCAGUUCUCCACGUGCUUGCCCCUUAAGUGUGGGUGACUACAGGCACAGUACCAACCAAUUCAUAGUGGUGACAGCCUUUGAUGGAAGUCUGUCCUCAAGUCCUUUGGAUAUGAAAAGAAAUAAAACUUUAUGUGUGCAAUCUCCGGUCCAGUUAGGACUGUUGGAUUUUAGUUGAGACUUUCUAAAAGGACGAGAGAGUUGAGCUAGUAAAAUUGAGGGCAAGUAGUCCGGGAUGGGACACUGAAGAGAGGGGUAGGAACUUCACCUGAAAAAUACUUCUCUAAAUCUCUCAGUGACAUUUGGAUUAAUCAAGCAUAAUUAAACAUAGUUAGGUUUUUUUUGUCAGAUUGUAGUUCAAAAUAAUAUUCAUCUAUGGAGAGGGUAAUAUAUUCUGUAGAAAUUUUAUUAAGCAUUUUAGCUAAGCAAACAGUAAGGAGAACAAAAUCAGCCUCAGGAAGGUUAAUUACUAAAAAAGAUGGAGUAUAGUAGAUUAUGUAAAUCAUCUUCCCUUUGAAUACCAUGGCGUGAGCUUUAAUUUACAUAGAGAGGUAUCUUGGAUUUGUUUUUUAGAUUCUGAUUUUCAAAAGUACCAAAUUACACUUGCAUUCUUUAAAGAUUCUAAACACUCCAGGCUUCCAUUAAGCCUGCUCUAACUUCUUCCUAUUAUAGUUUGCAAAACUGAAUUACAGUUUCCUUCCGACGAAUUCUCUCAGGAUCCCACCUCGUUUGUGGAAAUGAUGAGAGCUAAUGUUUUUAUUUCUUUACCAAACGGUGGCUUUAAGUGAAGUAUCAGGGGAGCGAGUGUAUGAAAGCAUUCGGCCCAGGCGUCCCUUCGCAGAAAGUGCUCACUUAAAAGAAAAAAAAAGAGAAGAUAAAACAUAGACCAAAUUGAUUUUAGAUGCUAUUUGUUCCAGAGUGGAGAUUUCUCUCUCCCCUUGCCUGUCUCGGGGAAGGGCUCUGAUCAAAUCUGGAACUGUUAACGUUCAGAUUUGGUACUUGCCUAAGUUUCACAGUGAGACUUUCAAAGGCAUUGUCAUCCCAGCCGUGUAAGCUUACCCAGGAAACCUGAACUUGUCCUUUUCACAAGAAGUGAUGCCCAAAUUUCCUUCCUUUGUGUAGGACAGAGACAGAGGUCUAAAGCCCUCUUUUGAGAAGAGAAAUCCCCUUCUUGUUGAGUUCUGUGUGGCCAUUUGUUUAGUGCCUUUUCAGGGAAGAUUCUAUGUUCCUUCAGAACUGGUUCAUUUUGAGAUGGUGAACUUUCACCUAUAAGAACAUCCCAUUUAAGUAAUCUUGACUUCCUUUAAAAGUGGCCUAUUGUAAAUGCUCUGGAUAACUUGCAAAUGUCAAAGAUCUGUGCGUAUGGUAACUGAGCAAUGCUGGCCCUGCAGAUUGCUCAGUAAAGAGGUGCUGAAGUCUGGCAGGUGGGACCGGUCUAAUUGCUCUCCAGCUCAGCCUGACAUUGCAAAUUGAUUGAAAUUGGCACACUUCCAAUAGAAUUCAUAUUCACAGCAGAACUGCUUCAUGUUUAAAAUGACCUUACCCUCCCGAUUCUUCUUGAGAAAAAAAAGUGCAACCAUAGCAUUCAAUGUGAACAUCUCUUAGGUAUUGAUGCAUGCUAGUCACAAGGAGAUUGUGAAAGUUAACCGUGACGACAAGUCAGUGACAGUCACCAUUUAGCUUUGCUGAAUGUCAGGUCUAGAAAGAGUUUGUGAAGUCACUCAGGACAAGAUUCAAGUGUGAUAUUGUUUACAUUGUGGAAUCCAUUUCACAUAAUUUCUGUUUUGUUUUAUUUUGUUGUCAUUUGAAUCAUUUUGAGAAGCUUUAAUCUUUAUUUUAAUUAAAAAGCAUAUGUUUUUUAGAAAGAACUGACUUAUACCUUUAUCUUAAAUGUUGAGCUUAAUAUCACAGGUUUAAUUAGGUUUUUUGAACAUAUUGACAACUGAAGCCUGUAACUUACAAGGAUAUGAAAAGACUUGAUUGAGACUGCCUGCCGCAGGUCCUUUCAGGAGGCAGAAUUUUCCCAACUGUUUAUCCAGCAUGGAAAGGAAGGUAGAAGGGCCAACAAUGUCUGUUCCCUUUCUUGCUGAGUGUUUAUGUAACUUCCUGGGGAAACAUCACCAAGUCAACUGGUUUCUUUUCACAUCAAAAAGCUCCUCUUAUGCAGGGUGGUGGUGGCACACUCCUUUAAUCCCAGCACUUGGGAGGCAGAGGCAGGUGGAUCUCUGAGUUGGAGGCCAGCCAGAGCUAUACACAGAAAUCCAGUUUCAAAACAACAACAACAAAAAAGUUCCUUUUAGAGCUGAGACAGUAUUUAGACCAAUAGACAUUUUGUGAGAGUAAUAAGUGUGUCUUGACUCAGGUGGACAGCAAAGUUUUCCUAUAACUUAUAAAGCACUAAUUAAUUUCAAAUGUUCGAGGAACUGGGCUGGGGAUGUAGCUCAGUGAUUGAGAACUUCCCUGGCAUGUGUAGUGGCCUGGCUUCCACCCCUAGCAUUGAAAACAGGAAACAAAUUGCUGUGAAUUGUUACAGGAAUUAGGUCCUGUCAUCUCCACACUUUUCCUUCUGUUCAUUGUUCCAGAUGCUUCUCUCUUAACGCCAUACUCAGACUUGGAGCUCAAGUUCUGCUUGAGUCAUUCCUGGACAAUGACACUAUUAGAAGGAAGGGAAGGCUAGCCUUAAUCUCUGCUGAGUUCAUGCUUUAACGUGAUAUGAAGUCAUAAUUGCUGCUUAAAGUUUAUAAGCAGAGCAUUUGCUCUUCCAAGUUCCCACCCAAGUGCUUGAAAUGGAACUGUUUCCCAUACUUAGAACAUGACCUCGGAAUGCCUAGGAGGCACUUGGACGGGGCGAGAGGUGUGAAUGAAAAGUUCAGUGCUUUGCCAAGUUCUCUUUGUAACCCCUUGACUUAUUAGGGUUGUCUACAUGGAAUAAUUGCUGCUUUGAUAAGAGACAAAUAUUAACUUACACAUGAAAUGAAUGUUCAUUGCAGAGUUUGUACCCAUAAGUACAAGUCUGAGCUGAUUCUCUCUGUGCCUCUGUUGACUUAAAUUACAGUGAUGAAUGUACACACACACAUAUUCACAGUUCCCGAGCAACGUUGUGGUUUGUAAAAUGAACUCAGCCCCAUGCGUUAUGCUGUCAUUAAUGAAGGAUGACUAGAUGGGGUCAUUUAUCACUCCACGUUCUACGGAGAGAAGUAUGUUGUGACUGUUGGAAAAACACAACCGAGACGUGUGUGGCUUGGACUGUGCUCCUCAUGAGUUGCUAAGCGAUCUGUUGUUUGUCAUAAGCAAACCAAUCCUGCCGCACACAGGCACUUCUGUACCCUGGUAACCAGAACAAUAAAAUGGCAGUUGAUCUU